AUGUCGCGCGCCCCUCUUCUCCGCUCGUCGCCCGCGCUGGGUGCCUCGUCUUACGGAGCCGUGGGCAUCCCAGACGGAGACGGAGAUGGAGAUGGCGAUGGGUCAGGCGAGAUAGAGGCUGAGGCUGAGGCUGAGGCUGCGACCGGGACUAGGACUAGGACUGAGACUGGCACUACCAGGUCGUCUGGUUCCCGUCGUCAUGCUCGGUUGCAGCGCGCUAGCUUUGAAAAUGGUGCUGCGAGCUCGAGUGCUGGACCCAGGCUGUCUUAUUCUUCUAUCAGGCGGCGGAAUAGCAUGUAUGCUGAGAGGCGCAAUCGGAGGCCUUCUACUGCUGCGUCUGAUGUUGGCAUGGGUGCUGAUUCCAAGUUCUCGUUUGCUACUGGACUGGCUGUCCCGGGUAACCCGGUCAUGCAGGAGACGCCCGCAUCAUCGCCUUUUAUGACUAGUGAUGAAGAAGAUGUUUUGGAUAUCGAUGAUGAUUAUUCAAAGUCUUCGGAUGAGGAUCCGCCGGAUAAUUCGCCGUAUGCUCAAGUGCGAGCUUCGGUGCCGGCCACAGACAAUGUCACUCUUUCCAUUAACAGUUCGGCCGCCAAUCUUUUCUUUUCGCUGCGCUAUCCCAGCGUGGCUAUUACUCCAAUUAUUGCUCUCGUUUUGGUACAUCCACUUGGCAAGUUUUGGGAUGUACUCUUCAAACACACAGGCGACCCUAUCGAAGUAUUCGAGAACGGAACCCUUCUUCAACGGGAACCGCUCAACGGCGAUAUCGAUGCCCCUCCUACUUCAUUGGGGACUCGAGCCAGGCUUUGGUUUGGCCAGGGCCAUUGGAACGAGAAAGAACAUGCUUGUGUAUACAUCAGCAGCAAUGUUUCUUUUGGAUUCGCUUUCGCCACUGAUGUUCUUGUUGAGCAACACAAAUUUUACAACCAGGACGUUCCGAUCAUGUACCAACUGUUGCUCAUCAUAUCGACCCAAGUCCUAGGUUAUGCAUUCGCCGGACUGACUCGACGAUUCUUGGUGCGGCCUUCGGCCAUGAUCUGGCCAGGCACCCUGAUGUCUACUGCCAUGUUUUCUACCAUGCACAAGUCUGUCAACAAAAAGGCCAACGGGUGGAGUAUCUCCCGAUACAAAUUUUUCAUCAUUGUCUGGGCAGGAGCAUUUCUCUGGUACUUCGUUCCAGGUUUGUUGAUGCCUGCUCUCAGCUACUUCAACGUUAUCACCUGGUUGGCACCUAAGAAUGUUGUCGUUUCAAACUUGUUUGGCGUUGCUUCGGGUCUUGGAAUGUUCCCUUUGACCUUUGAUUGGGCUCAGAUUGCCUACAUUGGCUCUCCAUUGCUAACGCCUUGGUGGGCCGCAGCCAACAUUGUGACAGGCUUAGUGGUUGUCAUUUGGGCUGUUGCUCCGAUCCUCUAUUACAAAAAUGCUUUUUUCUCUUCAUACAUGCCCAUUCUCUCAACAGCCGUGUUUGAUAACACUGGCAAACCUUACAACGUCAGCCGAAUCCUAACCGGAGAGUUCUUGUUCGAUGAGCAGGCCUAUAAGGACUACUCCCCGGUCUACCUCCCAAUCACCUACGUAUUGUCAUAUGGAGUACAGUUCGCUGCUUUGACAUCUCUCGUCACCCACACUAUCUGCUGGUAUGGGAAAGACAUCUGGCAACAAACUAGAAAGGCCUUUGACGAGCGACAAGAUGUCCCAGCCAUGGAGACAUAUCAACCUCUUCGAGGUGACAACAGUGGCAGCCAGCAGAGCUUUGGUAUUUCAAGAACUGGCUCAGAUCCUCGCCUGGAAAGCCAACUGGGAAUGGAAGAUGUCCAUUGCCGCUUGAUGAGGCGCUACAAGGAUGCUCCUCUCACGUGGUAUAUACUUGUGUUCAUUUCCAUGUUGGCAAUUGCCACUUUUACGGUGGAAUACUACCCCACCCACCUUCCCUGGUACGGGCUACUCCUAGCUCUCGUCAUCACCAGUCUCUUCUUCAUUCCAGUGGGCAUCAUCAUGGCAGUCACAAACCAACACAGCAGCCUCUAUCUAGUUUGCCAACUUAUCUGUGGCAUUGUAUUCCCAGGAAGGCCCGUGGCAAACAUGAUCUUCGUGACCUACUCAUACAUCAGCUCUGCACAAGGCAUCAAGUUCUCCUCAGACCUAAAACUUGGUCACUACAUGAAAAUCCCACCCCGAAUCUUAUUUGGCGUGCAAAUGAUGGCAACAUUGGUUUCCAGUCUAACCCAGAUUGGCGUGCUGAACUGGAUGUUCACCUACAUCCCGAAACUGUGCACACCCGAAGCCAUCAACGGUUUCAACUGCCCCAUCGCCCGAGUCCAUUUCAACGGCAGCGUUCUCUGGGGAGUCGUCGGUCCCCAGCGCUUCUUCGGCCCAGAAGGCCUCUACAGACCACUUGUAUGGGCCUUUUUGCUAGGUGCCGUGGCACCGCUGGGAACUUGGCUCCUAGGCCGACACAGCAAGAAGAGUUUCUGGCGUAAGGUCAACUUCCCCAUUCUAUUCGGCAGUCUAAGUUGGAUCCCGCCCGCCACGGGACUCAACUUCUCCAUUUGGGCACUUGUCUGUUUCAUAUUCAAUUAUGUGAUCCGGAGAAAGAGGACUGCUUGGUGGGAGAAAUAUGCCAUGACUUUGUCUGCUGCCUUAGACUCCGGGUUGGCGUUCGCGGUUGUGGUUGUCUUCUUUGCUUUCAUUUACCCCGGUUGGGUUGAUGGAUUCAAAUGGUGGGGAACGGAGAUUUACAAACAGGGCUGUGACUGGAUUGCUUGUCCGUAUAAACAAUUAGAGCCUGGUCAAAAGUUUGGCCAGUAG